AUGCUCGAAGUCAAGCACGAAUCGCUCAUGUCAAAAGACCUGCGAGGCACCAUUGAAAAGCUCCAGGACUCGGUCGAGCGCCUCAAGAUGGCGCUUGAUACGGAGCGCACGAGCAUGGCCAAGCUCGAACGCAUGUCACGCAUCACGACCAACGACCUCACGCAGCUGCAAGACAAGAUGAGGUCAUACGAGCGCGAGUCGAGCGACAUUGAGUUGGAGCGCAAUCGGCUUUUGGAAGAAAAACGCAAAAUUGCCUUCAUCAUGAUGGAAAAAUCCAAGACCUUGGACCGCGAAAUCGAUCUCAACCAGCAGAUGGCCAAGAAGCUCCAGGAAAAGGAUUCGGACAUGAGCCGCCUCCACGACACGGUGUCGACCCUCGCAGCGGCGGUCAAGAGGUUUGAAGACGCGAUUCAAUUUCGUAAAGACACCAACCGCGACGUGGGCAUUCUCGUACUCCCGACGCUCGACGAUACAAGCAUGCAGACCGAUCCGUGGAAACCGCAGGGUCUCAUUCUUCGCCAGCGCAACAGUUCCAACCAGGUGCCGCAGCGCUACGAAGGCCCGGUCAAGAUCAUGGUCGCGUGUCCGAGCUUGGACGUGCUUCUCGGCGAAAAGACGCUGGACCGUCCGGUGACAUCGGCCUCGAUGACGGCACUGCCAUCGGCCGUCGACAACAAUAAUCAUACCUCUGGGCGGCGGGUGCAAACUGCCGACGCAGUGCUUCUCGGCGCCUCCCACCGAAAGCCGCCGCGAAAGAUGCACGUCGGGCGCAUCAACCUACCACGCGUGAACCUCCCACGACAUCCGUCGAGUACCAGCCUCGACCCGCUCGUCGAUAAUUUUGUCAAUUGAGC